GCUCCCUAGAUGCCUUUGUUGCCAGGCCGGGCUUACCUUGGGGUCACUUUCUGAGGACUCAGACCUUCCCCACGCUGGGAACUCAAAAGAAAAUGGCAUGACCACAGGCCUGCUGAUGCCUGCAUUCCAGGAGUCAUUGAUGAUCAGAGACAUGACUGAGGCUUUCACCCAGUGGGGGCAGCUGAACCAUCCUCAGGGAGAUGUGCCUGAGAAGCAUAGGAAUCUGGUCUUGCUGGGGCUUCCAAUUUCCAAGCCUGAUGUAAUCUCUCAGUUGGAGUGUGGGGAAGAACUGGAGAGACAAGUCUCAAAAGCAACUUGUCCAGACUGGCAGACAACACCAGAAAGCAAGGUCCUAAUUCCAGAGCAGGAAGUUUCUGAAGAAGAAUCAGCCUCUGGGGUGUUAAUAGGAAGAUUUCCAAAGGUAACUUCCAGUGAAUGUGAGGAUUCUUCGGAGAGUCAGCAGGAAAACCAUGAGAAACGUUUAAUACAAGAGGUUGUCAUGCAGAAGAAAUCUUCAGGGGAGAGAAGUUACCAGUGUGAUGAAAUUGGAAGAAAUUUUAGUCGGAGGUCCUUACUUGUUCAACAGCAAGGAGAGAGAUUAUAUAAUUGUGAUUCAUUUAAAAAGAACUUAAAACAAAAUUCAGAUCUAAUGAGGCAUGAUAAAAUAUGUGCAAGAAAGAAACCUUGGAAGUGUAAUGAGUGUGAAAAAGCCUUUAGUUACUAUUCAGCUUUUGUCUUGCAUCAGAGAAUUCACACAGGAGAAAAGCCCUACGAAUGUAAUGAAUGUGGGAAAGCCUUUAGCCAGAGCAUACACCUUACUCUACACCAGAGGAUUCAUACGGGAGAGAAACCCUAUGAAUGUCAUGAAUGUGGGAAGGCCUUCAGUCACCGCUCGGCCCUGAUUCGGCAUCAUAUAAUUCAUACUGGAGAGAAACCCUAUGAAUGCAAUGAAUGUGGGAAGGCUUUUAAUCAGAGUUCGUAUCUCACUCAACAUCAGCGAAUUCAUACUGGAGAGAAACCUUAUGAAUGUAAUGAAUGUGGGAAGGCCUUCAGCCAGAGCACAUUCCUUACCCAGCAUCAGGUCAUUCACACUGGAGAGAAACCGUAUAAGUGUAAUGAAUGUGGGAAGGCCUUCAGUGACCGAUCAGGCCUUAUUCAGCACCAGAGAACUCAUACUGGGGAGAGGCCUUAUGAAUGUAAUGAAUGUGGGAAAGCCUUUGGCUACUGCUCAGCUCUGACUCAACACCAGAGAACUCACACUGGUGAGAAACCCUAUAAAUGCAAUGAUUGUGCCAAAGCCUUCAGUGACCGCUCAGCCCUUAUUCGUCAUCAGAGAACACACACUGGAGAGAAACCUUACAAGUGUAAGGAUUGUGGAAAAGCUUUCAGCCAGAGCUCAUCUCUUACAAAGCAUCAGAAAACGCACACUGGAGAAAAACCCUAUAAGUAUAAGGAAUGUGGAAAAGCUUUCAGCCAGAGUUCUUCCCUUUCUCAACAUCAGAAAACUCACACUGGAGGGAGCACCAAGGAAUAUGGAAAAGUCUUUAGUGAGCAUUCAGCCUUUGGCCAGCAAAAGAGAAUUCAUACUGGAUAAAGACUAUGUAGAUACAGUACAUUUAGAAAAUAUUUAUUGAACAAUUACUAUACAUAUGUGAGGGCUACAGAGGAAUUUAAGACUGUUACAAAAAAGAUAUUAAUGGGGAAGUCAUUGUUAAUAUAUGACAGUUACUUUAAAUGUGAACACGGGGCUUUAUGUUCUUUCAAAAUGUCCUAAUGGAGGACAUUUUGAAUUUCCCUGGGGAAAGACAAAAAUUAUUUCUAACACUCUAUAUGUCAGCUGCCAAAUCCUUGAGAGAGAAAUAGGAUAGGGCAUAAUGGGAAGAGGACGUAUUGGCUGAGCUACGUAGUCUCAUAAUGCUAAGGAGAUGAAGUGUUAAAGAGAUAUGUGGUUCUUUUAGGGAAAUCACAGGGGUAGGAAUAAGAUUGAGAUUCCGCAUUGAGUUUGCUCAGUGUUGGG